AUGGCCCGAUCAACCGGCUUCGGGCCCAAAAAGGCCUACCUCAUCCUCUACAACGCGGCCUCCGCCAUCGCCUGGACAACCGUCCUCGGCCGGGUGGCCCUGGUGAUAUGGUGGAGGGGCACGCCGUUCGUGCCGCUGGUCGUCGACAACUUUGCGCGCGUCACGCAGACGUUCGCCGUCAUGGAGAUUCUGCAUGCCCUUACGGGUGCCCGGCUGUUCCUGAUGUGGGCCGUCUGCUGGCCGUUCCCGCAGCUCAACAGCAGCGUGUUCUACUCGUCGAUGCUGUGCGCCUGGAGCCUGACCGAGGUGAUGCGGUACUCGUACUUCGCGCUGAAGCAGGUCGAGGCCGUGCCCGGCUGGCUGCACUGGCUGCGCUACAGCGCCUUCCUGGUGCUGUACCCCGUCGGCAUCGGCAGCGAGGUGGCCAUGACGCUGCAGGCGCUGGUCGGGCCGGCGUCCGGCCUCGCGCCGUGGUACCCCUAUGCGCUGCUGGCGGUGCUGUUGUCGUACAUUCCCGGUGAG